AUGGUUAAACGCGGGGAACCUUUGCGCUCCAAGUUUGAGUACAAGUACCUGCUUUACGCCCUGUCGUUUGUGUCGCUGAACGUGGGAAUUUGCAAUGAAUACAUUAAACGGAAAAAGGAAAAGUAUAAACAUAAGGAGCAGAAGAUCUACUUCCACCUAACGGAGAAGAACUUUGAAUUUAUCGAUAAAAAGAAAUAUGGAAACCGAAUCGAAAAGGUAUGCGCAAAUUUCAACCUGCCCCUUGUCGCCAUUUCGGGGGCAGCAAAUAAUUACUACCCUGUGGACUACCACUUGCAAUAUUUGAGUAAUUUGUUUGAAGGGAAAAAAGAUGAAUUAAGAAAGGUUAUCGAAAAUGGGAAUAAAAGAAAUGUAGAACCAAACAAACGUCUUGACGCAAUUUUGGAGGAUGUGAUAAAGUUUAUGGAGGUCCAGUGCGCAGUGGCGGAUCACGAAGGGGAAGAGGUGCAUUCUUCCCCCGCAGUGCAAUCCUUUUUAGGGAACUUGAAUUGGACGCACUUGAAGGAAUUCAUUUUGGAGCGUAACAGGGUUAAGGUUAAAUCGGUUAACGAAUUUGUGGACACCCUGAUCGAUGAGCUAUAUGUCUAUGCGUACAUAUACCUACUAGUGAAUUACAAGAGAAACAACUUUUUCGACUUUGUGAGGAAGAAGCGGUCGUACAGGCACUGCAGUGAAAAUGUGGGGAAGGAUCUCGGGUUGGAGCUAAGCAGCUACUUGGGGCUCGACCAGGAUGGCGCAGAAACAGCGGUAAGCGGGACAGACGCUGGUGUGCAAGGCGAACCCAUCGUAGAACCUGCCAAGUACGUCCUAAACAUCGACACGGUGAACGAAAUACAAGAAAGCCUAGCCACCUACGGAGUAGUCGUUUUGAAGAACUUCCUCCGAAAAGUAGACAUGGAAAAAAUAAAAAAAGAUUUAUUCCUCGACAAGAAAGAAAUGAACGUAUCGCCCCUUCUCAUGGAUAAGGAUAAUAACAUUUUCUGCAUACGACCCACACGGGGAAGGCAGUACUGCAUACUACGCAACAGCAAAGUGAGCGACCUCUUCACAAAUUUGCAGCAGUACUGGAUGAAUAUCAUUUAUGCGUACUUACCAAUUGGGGAGUACCAAAAUAUGUACGAUUUGAUGGAAAAAAAUUCACUUCUAAAAAUGGACAAUUUUAAAAGUGUAAAUGUGUCGACUGAGAGGAAUGAUAAAAUAUUUUUAUCUGAAUUGCAAUUGGUGAACAACGAACCGCUGAGCGAAAUUCAGUCCCACCAUGUCGACAAUGGGUUAAGUGGGAUAAGCGUUAUUUUGCCGCUGAAUAGGAUAAACGAGGAGUCUGGAAACUUUGAAUUUUUUCUCGGAACACAUUUAUUUACGUCCAUAAAAAUGAAAAAAUGGAAGGAGAAAAUUCAUAAUUUUAAGAGAUUUUUACAGAUAUAUUACCAAACAGGGUCAUCCUUCGUUCCCGAUGUGAAUCCACAAGACGUCAUCAUUUAUGACUCCAAGAUUUUGCAUAGGGGGUUAUCAAACAAUUUGUGGGUUAAGAAUUCUUCCCUAAUUUAUCGCUAUGAUUAUAAAAAGUAUCCUCCCCCUGGGCAGGAUUUCAUUGACAUUUGUUCGUACAACUUUAUUGGGAAAUGCAUUUCGGUUUUUAAUUUUUUUGGUAAGUAUCUCUAG